GCCAGUAAAACCAAAUGCAGUCGUGCUCGUGCAUGCUUUUCAAAACAGCUGUUACACGCUGCAGUCUAUGUAGGCGUUGUGCGCAGGCGCAGUGUGAAACAGCGCACGCUACAACAGGAAGAAGCUCCAGCGUCAACUAUCAACUCCCAAAGUCCUCUGUUUAUCGAGCUUGGCAUGAAUAUAUUCGAGAGUAACUGGGCUAAAACCUUAAGCUUCUUCACUGUUUUUGUUGUGGCUCUCGCCGCUGUUUUUAAUUAUCUGGAGAAUUCAGAUACUGACGAGAUCCCAAGUACGUGAUCUUUUGAUUCUCGCUCAUAGGAGCCUAUAAACGACCACACCUCAUAAGAAUGGCAAUUUUCCCUCGUUAUUGUAUUUAGAAUGGAUCUGAACGCGAUGGAGGAGAAUUACCGGCAGAAGAACAGAACGUGCUUCAUUCUCGGCGCUUCAGGUGAGACUGGAAAGGCCCUGCUGAAGGAAAUAGUGGAGCGCAACAUCUUCUCCAAGAUCACUCUCAUUGGACGAAGGCAGUUGACCUUCGAGGAUAAAGCCUAUGAAAAUCUGGUGCAAAAUGUGGUUGAUUUUGAGAAGCUAGACGAAUACGCUGAGGCUUUUCAGGGCCAUGAUGUUGGAUACUGCUGUCUAGGAACAACCAAGGCCAAAGCAGGAGCUGAAGGGUUUGUGCGGGUGGAUCAUGACUAUGUACUCAAGUCUGCAGAACUUGCCAAAGCAGGAGGCUGCUCACAUUUUCACCUCGAAUCCUCCAAAGGUGCAGACAAAACCAGCAGCUUUCUCUACCUGAAAACGAAGGGACAGGUUGAAGCAGAAAUCGAAGACCUUGGGUUUGAGCGUUUCUCCGUCUAUCGACCAGCGGUGCUUUUAGUGGACAGAGAGGAGAGCAGGCCGGCUGAAUGGGUGGCCCAGAAAUUUCUUGGUGCAUUCUCCUCUGUUUUCCCUACAAUGUCUAUUCCCAUCACAGUAGUGGCCAGAGCUAUGGUUGUCAACACGCUUAAAGAUGGAGAAAAGAGAGUGGAAAUUCUUGAAAACAAGGCCAUAUGCAAUCUUGGAGACAAAAAAUAAGAACUUUUUUUUUUUUUACUUAAUUCUGCCGCUGUGUGGUCUUCAGCAGGAUAAUCCAAAAUAUUGUUUUACUGCAGUUUACUUGGAUGUGAUUAUCAUAUUAAGUAUUUUAAAAAACAUAUUCAAUAUAUAGUACUGCUUGACACUAAUUUAAUAUGUGCCGUGUUUCUGUAAGCUUUAUUUUUGGGUUCUGGUGCUUUUUUUGUUAUGUAAUUUUAUAUUGCUCAGGAAAAAUAAAUUAUGUUCAUACUUGACAACAACUAUUGUGUAUACAGUAAUAAUAUUUUGUGUGUAAUAUCUGAAAAGUGGAUUAAAACAGUCACCUCUUUAGUCACAACUGAAA